GUGUCACCGCUCACUCCGCGAAGUCUGGUGUCUGGCGGGUCGGCUUGGGACCUGUGGCCUCUGCGUCCUUCUGCGAGCUGUAGGGCCGGGAAGCCUGCACCCUCAGGCGCAUGCGCUGCCUUGCCGGAUGCCUUCUGCGUUCGUAGGGUCAGAGGUCAAGGGGAAGGUCUGAGAGAGAGAGUGGUGACUUCUGGGUCCCUGUCCUGGUUCCAAUGCCAUUAACUUUGGGGCAGUCAAUAUGUCAGGAUGACAGCUUGUGACAUCUGGCAGAGUUAACUCAGUGCACUGUCAUGGUGGUCAGGGUGUUUUGGUGUGAACUACGGAUGAGAAGUAGAGGGGAAGUGGAUUAAAUAAGCUUCUUAGGAGCUACAGUAGAAGGAACUUGGGGUGCCAGGUCAGAUGUACCGUCUGACCUCAGUCGUGCUACCACGGGCCUUGGCCCAGGCCGUGCGCACAGGACAUCUCAGUGGCCGAAGCCUCCAUAGCAGUGCAGUGGCAGCCACCUACAAGUAUGUGAAUGUGUCAGAGUUGGAGAUGGACAUGAAGUCCGUGACUGACCGUGCAGCUCGGACUCUGUUGUGGACAGAACUCUUCCGAGGACUGGGCAUGACCCUGAGCUACCUCUUUCGGGAGCCCGCCACCAUCAACUACCCAUUUGAGAAGGGCCCACUGAGUCCACGCUUCCGUGGGGAACACGCAUUGCGCCGCUACCCAUCCGGGGAGGAACGCUGCAUUGCCUGCAAGCUCUGUGAGGCCGUCUGUCCUGCACAGGCCAUCACCAUCGAGGCUGAGCCAAGAGCCGAUGGCAGCCGCCGGACUACACGCUAUGACAUCGACAUGACCAAGUGUAUCUACUGCGGUUUCUGCCAGGAGGCCUGCCCUGUUGACGCCAUCGUGGAGGGCCCCAACUUUGAGUUCUCCACUGAGACUCAUGAGGAGUUGCUGUACAACAAGGAGAAGUUGCUGAACAAUGGGGACAAGUGGGAGGCUGAGAUCUCCGCCAACAUCCAGGCUGACUACCUGUACCGGUGACCUGGCCACGUGGCUCGGUCCUGUAGCCCCUGCUGCCCAUAAAGAAGCUAUGAUCCUAC